AACCAGGAAGAGAUAGAAAAAAGAACGCAGUCAGUUUGGCUAAAAUAGCAUGGCAGCUCCCGAAGAGCAGACUGCGGUCAGAUAUUUAAUCCAACCCGGGUCCCCGGUACCGUGUGGAACGGGACCCCAAAAGGUAAAGCUGGAUACGUACCGUAAGAGAAGUGUAGUGUGGAGCUUUUUUAGAGACAUAAACGAAGGCUCGGUGCAGUGUGUGCUUUGUAAUCGUUAUCUCCAUAAAAAGGAGCACGGCUCCACUACGCCGAUGCUAAGACAUCUGCGCCUCAAACACCCCUCACAGGUCUCUAGAGGGUUGAAAGGAGACAUCGGAGCUGCUUCCAGCCAAGAUCCCCAACACAUGGAAAUAGAUGGAGAAGAGGUGUUCUCAGUUGUAGUGGAAAUGGACAACGACGAAUCCAACAUCAAGACGAUGCAUGAUGAUGCUGGUUCUGCGGUCAGUGGGCCCUCUGAAGGUUCAAAACAACGCUCAUAUGCACAUCUAGUACACGAGGACGAUCUUAACCACAUCCCGAACAGGCACUCACGCAGGCGCAGUUUGAUCUGGAGGCUGUUUGAACAUUUGGACAACUUGAACGCCGCUCGUUGCCGCAUUUGCAUGAAAAAGCUGCACAAAAGUGGCGGCAUCAGCAACCUUCGACGGCAUUUGGUAAAGAGACACCCACAUGUUCUGUCAGAGCUACUGUCCAGCAACCACCAGCCCUCGCAGGCUUUGAAUGAUUCCAGUGUUUCUAAUGACACUUACAUUGUAGCAGAACCCAGUCCGACUCCAGUGAAAUUGGUUUUGGAUGCUGGGCAGUCUCACAUUCUGACCUCUCUAAAUGAAGCUGAAAUACCAAUCAUAGGCAGCCUCCAGAACCAACCGCAAGGAGAAUCAGUACAGAAAAUCAAGGAAACAGAGGGUUCUAAUGCUGAUGGUGCAGAAGGAGUGACUGUGUGGGACGGUGUGCAGAAAUGGAUUCCAGUGGAAGUCAGUUUGGAAGACGGUAACUCUGAUGUGACCCCCUCUAAUGAACCCGAGGAUACCAACCAUGUCAUAAAUGACUCUUUGCAAGAGGUUUCAACACAAAAGGCCUCACAUUCAGGGGCGACUGACGACUCCUCUGAUAAACCACCAACUAAAAACCGCAGACGAAGCAUGAUCUGGAAGCACUUUGACAUAUUAGAGAGUGCAGAAGCAGCGCAAUGUCGUAUUUGUUCGAGGAAGCUGCAAUGCUUCGACAGCGGUGGCACCGGUAAUCUUCACCGACAUCUGUCAAAAAGGCAUCCAGAAGCGUUUUCUGAGCUGGGAUCUAAUCAGAGGCAGCAACUUUCACCGCACACAAAUAGUCAUGGUGGAACAACAAAAAAUUUAUUCAUAAAACCUGAACAGUCGACAGUGAGACCAUCCCUUCCUACAACUGGACAGAAGACCCCAAGGCAACCAGAAGUAGAAAUCAGAGUUUUUGAAAUGGAGCUGGAGCUGAUUGAAGCUUUAAGAAGAACACAGAAAGAGGAGGCUCAGGCUCUGCAGCGGCAACGGGAGCUGCUGGAAAAGCUGCAAACAGUCAGCGCCAGAGAAGUGGCUGCAGAGAGGGAGAAGAUUGAGUCACUGAGGAAAGCCCAACAGGAGGAAGCUGAGGAGCUAAGAAGGCAGAGAGAGGAGCUGGAGAAGGGAAAGGCAGAGUUGCAGAAGAAAUGGGAAGAGUUCAACCAGGAAAGGGAAAAAUUUAUGUUGCUCUCUAAAAGCACAGACGGUGGUAGUGAUACGAUUUAAUGAUUUCCAGUUUUUAUGAAAGUGAUGGACAAAUUCUAACACAUGGUGAUGUAAGAAAAAAUUAAAUAUACAUAUAUGCUAACUUCCCAUAAAUGUAAAAUACGAUUUUCUGGAAAAUCAAUGCAGGAUCAAUGAAUUCCUGAUCCGGCUAAUGUUUCCUUAGAAUAUUUUGGAUUUCUAUCCAGGAUGAUGUCUCUACCUUCAAAUGGUUCUCUUCAGAAAAACUCAAAAGUAACUUUGUAGCAUGUUUAUGUAUACUGGAUUUUUUUUCUUUAAAUAAUCUUUUCAAAUGAUCCUUCAUGCUGUCAGAUUUAUUCUUAACUGUAAAACUAUUUGCAGCAGCCUAAACUUGCAAACACUUAAAUUAAUGGGCAAUGGUUGGGGUUAAGCUUUGGAAAAUCAGUUUUAUGGAUCUUUUCUGUUGGAUAAAGUUCUUUAUAUAAAUAUCCCUUUCACUGAU